UGUAAAUACAAAGCCUGCUUUUAGAAACUUGCGGGAAAUGAACCGAGAAAACCAUGGAAGAUCCACAACACUCAAACCCUAAGAAUACAACAAGAACACAACUUGAAAUCAUGGAUAGAGAACUGAUGCAGCUUAAUGAAGUGAUUGAUGUGAUUAAAUCAAAUAGUGUUGAGCAUAUUGCAGAAAUAUUUCAUUCCCACAACUUUACUGAACCUGGUUCGAACGACUCGAGUGGCACAUGACAAGAAUAUAAUGGACAUGCGCAUUUUGGGGUUAAUGAAUUUUUGCCUGUAAUAUCAACACAAUACUCAGAUCGCGAAAAACUUAUAUCAAGCAUCCGUGAAGUAGCUUCAACACUUGGAUUCGCAACUGUUAUCAAAAAAUCAAAAAAGGAUCGUUAUGUUAGAAUUGGUUGUGAUCGAGGAGGGGAAUAUCGCAUCAAUAAACUGCCAGUAAAGAAACGAGAUACUACAGUGAGAAGAACAACAGGAACUCGAUUGAUUCAAUGCCCGUUUGAAAUUUGGGGUAGAAGAAAAAGUAACGGAUUCUGGGAGGUUGAGAUAAAAAAUCUGGAACAUAAUCAUGACCCUUGUAAUGACCUGUCAGGGCAUCCAUCUUAUCGCCGAUUUUCAAGAGAAGAAUUUAUUCGAAUAAAGGAGAUGACGCUGUCUGGAAUUGCUCCUCGACAAAUACUGACUUCUCUCCGCCAAAACAACACAAAUCUUCAGGCUAUUUCAAGAAGUAUUUAUAAAAUGCAAGGGCCAAAAUUCGAAAAGACAGCUUGCAAGGACGUUCAAUGAUUCAAACGCUCUUCGAAGAAUUAGGACAAGGUGAGUUUCUUUAUGAUGUAAAACAUGAUCAUGAGGGUAAUCUGUCUCAUUUGUUCAUUUCACAUCCUAAGUCGAUCACGCUUACGAAAAAUUAUUCUUCUGUUUUUGUCAUGGAUUGCACUUAUAAAACAAACAAGUAUAAGAUGCCGCUUCUCAAUAUCGUUGGAGUAACAAGUUUUAACACUACAUUCUUUUCUGCUGUUAUAUUUUUACAAAAGGAAGAAGUAGGAGAUUAUGUGUGGGCCCUAGAAUGUUUUGUGAAAAUUUUAGGACUUCAGCGACAACCUUUAACAAUUGUGACAGAUAGGGAGUUGGCUUUACUGAAUGCAAUUAAAGUUGUCUUUCCAGAUUGUUCUCAUCUUUUAUGUGCAUGGCACAUUGAAAAGAAUAUAAUGGCAAAGUGCAAGAAAAAUUUCAAAACAAAAGAAGAAUGGGAAGAAUUUAUUUUGGAUUGGACAAAUGUGAUGAAGUCACCUGGUGAAAUGUCAUUUUGCAGUUCUUGGGGUCAGCUUAGGGAAAAGUAUAGUCACCAAGCACUUGUCAUUGCCUACAUUGAAAAUAAUUGGCUUCCAUUUAAAGAAAAAUUUUUCUAUGCAUGGACGAACAAAGUUAUGCAUUUUGGAAAUCAUGUUACUUCGAGGGUAGGGGGUGCUCAUUCUAAACUCAAGAGAUAUCUUCAGGUCUCCACGGGUGACCUUCGUGGUGUAAAAGAUAAACUUUGUCUUCUCAUAGAUAAUGAAUUUCAAGAAAUAAAGGCACAACUUUCAGAUGAGAAGAUACGUGUACCGCACAAAUUUCAGAUUCCUUUAUUUAAGGAAAUUGUUGGUCAUGUCUCCGUUUAUGCACUUGGGGAGCUUUUAAAACAAUAUGAGUUGUCAAAAUCUGAUGCCUUAUUGACAUGUAAAGGUAAUUUUACAAGCUCCAUGGGUCUUCCGUGUGCUCACGAUAUUAAGGGAAGAUUGCUGCCUAUACAACUUGCUGAUAUUCAUCCUCAAUGGAGGCUUGACAUACGGUCACUUAUGAGCAGCGAUGGUGAGAGAGAUCAGAUUGAAGGUUUGCUUAAAAAAGUUUACGAUAACUAUCAUAAAUUACCUCUGACGGAAAAAAAUGUCAUCCAUGAUCAACUUUCAAGAAUUGUUGAUCUUUCGGUUCCAUUGGCUAAUGAACCUAGGACUUGCCUUCACAAAGGAAGACCGUUGGGUUCAGUGAAAAGAAGAAAUGAAAGUUCUACAACUCGUGAUCCUUCUCUUUUCGAAAUUAUGGAGAAAACUCAGAAUAGGCAUAGAAAAAUUUAGUAAGUUAAAAUUUUGAUACUUAGUUAUAUAAUAGUCUUAUCUAGUGUAUUUAAUCUUGUUUUAGUACGUCCUAAUUUAUCUUAAUACUUUUUAAUUAUUUUGUUAUGUUUUAAUGUAGAUUAAAGGACUAUGGUGUUGUGCUGCUGCAAUGCUUUUGUUGCUGUGCUAGUGUGUCAAGUACUAAAAGAGGUUGGUGUUUUUAAUGAUAAUUGCAGCUAUUUACUGAAGUUUUAGGACCUGAAGAUUUAUGAUGUUCUGGGUUGUUGACAGACUUCAAGUUAUCCUGGAAUCUUCCUGAAAUCUUGUUUCUUGGUGUAUUUUUGUGAUUUCUGUGAUUUCUCACAGUAUGUUUUAUAUAUAGUCCUGAGGUUUAUCGUGGUUCAUGUAUAAUCCCAACACUUGGCAUUGGAGUCCAUAUUGUUGGUGGAGGAGGGCCGCCGAAAGAUUAUGUCGAAUAAGUCCAAAUGUGCACAUCUUGGUCAAUUUGUAUUUUGUUAGAAUUAAAAUCUGACAUGUAUCAUUAAUUUUGCCACAUACUAGAGGAGCUCACAGACUUAAUUAUCAGAGACUUUGGUAUCAAUAGUAGGAUUAUUCUGAGAUAUGCUUGGGGUGGUAGAUUUUCUGCAGUUCACCAAAUGUUCUUAUUUUCUUGUUUUUCUUUGUAUCCUUAUGCUUGAAUAUUGUCUUAUCCAGUGUAUUUAAUCUUGUUUUAGUACGUCCUAAUCUAUCUUAAUACUUUUUAAUUAUUCUGUUGUGUUUUAAUGCAGGUUAAUGGACUUUAUGGUGCUGUCUGGUAAAUUUGA